GGUCAGGAUGAGGCUGCUGUGUCUCAAUGCGUUCGAUUUGUCGGAGGAGAGCAUCAGCGCUGGGAACGUCACGGAGUGGAUCCAUUAUCUCAACAUCACUCAUCCAGAGAGUUUUGCGGCCAUCGCUUCAAAGAUCGAGCACUGCAGUCUGGAGGCUGAGCUCGACACGGCGGUGGAGGGCACGGGUCUGGCGUUCAUCGUGUACAGCGAGGCCAUCAAGAACAUGCCGCUGUCUCAGCUCUGGUCUGUGCUGUACUUCAUCAUGCUGCUGCUCUUAGGGAUGGGGAGCAUGCUGGGAAACGUCACGGCCAUCAUCACCCCGCUGGCAGACAUCAAGCUCCUGUCGCGCUCCCUCAGCAGCGAGAGCAUCAACGGUCUGGUUUGUCUUCUCUGUUUGCUGCUGGGUUUCGGUUUCACCAGCCGCUCUGGAAACUACUGGUUCACCAUCUUCAACGAAUACGCGGCUACGCUGUCGCUGCUCUUCAUCGUCUUCCUCGAAGUCAUCAGUGUGUGUUACGUCUACGGACUGAGAAGGUUUGAGAGGGACAUCGAGGACAUGUUGGGUCAUCGGCCGAACUGGUAUUGGAAGGUGAUGUGGGCCGCCGUCAGUCCUCUGCUCCUCUUCAGUCUCUUCAUCUUCUACAUCAUUAACUACAUCCAGGGCGGCACGCCCACGUACCAGGCCUGGGACAAAGAUCUGGGUCGGUCGGUGGUGAAGGAGUACCCGGUGUACGGUCAGGUUUUCAUCGCUCUGCUGCUGCUGUCAGCGCUCAGCUGUGUGCCGCUCGCCGCUCUUCACGCCGUCUGCAGGAGAAAGCAGCGAGGAACGCCGAUCCGUGAACACCGGCACGCCUGACGCUCAGACCCGCGCAAACACACACAUUAUGAAUACUUUCUGUUUUUGGUCAGAAAUCAAGCUAUUAGGACGCUUUCUAUAUUUCCUUCAGAAAACAUGAAAUAGUAUCAGAUUCAUGAUUAAGGAUGAUCAGAAAAGUGCUUUUUCCCAUAACACUUUACUUAAAG